GUUAACAUUGGGGCAUUUAUGCACAUACCAAAAUGGAAAGUGAUGCAAAUGGAAUUUAUGCCAGCAAGAAUCACAAGACAGAAAUGUUGUUUUUUAAAAAAGUGGAUUCCUGUGUUUUGUAACCAUGAUCAAAUGUCACUAUACUCUGUGAGUGAAAGCUGGCUUCCCCAGCAGAAAAGAGCAAAACAUCCUUUUAUUGGAUUGUUCUUCUCACUUGUUUCUAUAGGAAGAUAAAAUGGUAUCCCCACACGGGGGAGCAAUGAAUGCAUAGGGGUCAGUCUUUUCCUGACUACCACCCUGUAAGGAUGUUAUGAGUUAAUGGGAAUUAUUGAUAUGAUUUUAUUUGUUUAUUAAAAGGAAAAAGGGGAGUUAUGUAUUGAUGAAGACAGGUCUCACAUGGAAGCCAGCUGUGUUCAGCGGGUUGCCAUGGCAACGUAACCUCUCUCUGGAGGAAAAAGGGGGCGUGGCUAAGAUGACAGUUGGAGCAUAUUCCCUUUUAAAAGUUGAGUUGCUGUGAGGGUUUUAAAAAGGAGUGGCUGUUAGGGGUUUGAGAAGAAGAGUUGCGGUUAGGUUUUGGAAAGAUUAGGAGCUGGGGAAAUCAGCUAAGGACGGCAGCUUAUGGUCACUCAGGGGAAAGGCUGGGAAUAUAAGCUGACCAGGGGAGUUUAGUAUACUGUGUUGAAGAGAAGUUAUUUAAGAAAUAUCCAUUCAAGAAAGACUACAUUGUAACUUAAGAUCCGGAACGUUUACUGAUUGAAACCAUACGCUUAUGUACCAAAAAUAAACUUGAAUUUUGUUAUUGUUCAUAAAGAUAAGUCUCCUUGCCUCUCUGUAAGCCUGUUACCUCACGUUGGUGGCAGUUACCGUACCUAUCUAUAUAAGUUACCGUACUUUCCUAUAUAAGUUACCAUCUUUACUCAUUUAAACCCAAUCAGUUCCGUUAUCCUUCCUUAUCCACUAAAUCAUCCCUGUCAUACAUUCACACAUCCUCCAUCCCUCCCUCUCACACGUGCACAGCUCUCCUCAAUUGGUGGCAGCGGUGGGAUAAAAAAGGAUUCCAUCCCUGUCACCUCAGUCCUCUUCAAGUGGUGGCAGCGGUGGGAUAGAAAAGGAUUCCAUCCCUGUCACCUCAGUUCUCUUCAAUUGGUGCCAAGCGGCGGGAUACGUUUAACAUCUCAAACUAAGUGCCUUGAGACCGCAUAGUAAGAAAUCGUGAGGUAAAAUUUAAGGAAAAUGGCUACUAGACUACAAAAGAAAUUAGCAGGAGAGGCUAGUGAAUACCAAGGAGAUAGUUCGGACUCUGAGCAAACCCCUGAGACAAGGGAAACCCUUAAAUAUAAAAUUGAAUUGAGAAAAUUAGAAUUGGAGGAUAAGCAAAGAGAAAGAGAAAGGGAGGAUAAGCAAAGAGAAAUAGAAAGGGAGGAUAAGCAAAGAGAAAGGGAGGAUAAGCAAAGAGAGAGAGAAUGGGAGGAAAAACGAUGGGAACAAGAGAAGGAAUUGAAAAUAAUGCAGCUAGAGAAGGAUAAGGAAAUAGAACUGAGACGAUUGGAAUUGGAAAAAGAGAAAUUGGCACUGUCUCAACCACACAUUAUUAACCAAGAAGGGAAUGGUAGGACUGAAGCGUCUGAUCUACUUCUGAAGAGAUUCCCAAAGUUUAAUAAAGAUGAUGAUGUGGAAAAGUUUUUGAUUUCUUUUGAGAGGUGCUGCAGAGAUUUUGAAAUUGAUGAGGGAAAAUGGAUGCUUUAUUUAAGACCCCAGAUUUGUGGUAAAUUGUUAGAAAUAUAUGGUGAUGUACCUGAAGAGUUACACCGAGAUUAUAACUUCUUUAAAAAACAGGUACAACAGAAAUUGCAACUCACACCUGAAUUUUAUCGUUUAAAAUUCAGAUCCCUGAGGAAAGAAAAGGCCCAGAGCUUCUCAGAAGUAGCCUCAAAACAAGCCCAAUUAUUUGAUAGUUGGCUCAGAACCUCAGAAGUGGAAAAUUUUCAACAGCUGAGGGAAUUAAUUAAGUUGGAACAACUGUUUCAAUUAGUGCCCUCAGAUUAUCGGUGGUUAGUUCAAGACAGAAAGCCAUCAACUGCCAAUGAAGCGGCUUCAAUGACAGACCAAUUAAUCACUCUGAGGGAAGGAUUUAGGAAGGAUGAGGGAGUAAGUGAGAGAAGGCAGAAUAAACCGCCAUUUUACAAUUAUCAAACACACACACAAUACAAAAAGACGCCUGCAGUAGAAAACACCGCCUACAGGAGGCCUGAGGUAAUUAAUCAGACCAAACCUGAGGUAAAAGCAAGGUGCUAUCAGUGUGGGAAGUCUGAUCAUCUAAAAUACCAAUGUCCUCUUUUAAGAAGAGAUAAAACAUCCUUCUUUAUGAAUAAAGAGCCCAAAGAAAAUACUCUUAAUAGGGAUAUUAAGUUGCUAAGCAGUACUGAAACAGUUCCUAGGGAGAAACAAUGUUUAUUUAUUUUAUCCGAUGAUUUUUCUGAAGAUUAUUUUGAGCCUAUCACUAUUGUGAACCAACAAAAACAAGGUUGGAGGGAUACAGGAUCCCAGGUGUGUGUUAUCCACCCAAAAUCGGUACCUCAGAAAUAUCAAAAGCCCACCUCUGAGAUAAAUCUAAAGGGUUUGGGACCAGCUGUACCAGCUGAGGUAGUAUCUCUCCCAAUUGAAUACAGUGGAUGGAAAGGGAUCUGGGACUUUGCAAUUAGCUCAGAUAUCCCUCAUGAAUGUUUAAUCGGCAAUGACCUAGCUAGACAAGUUAAGAACUGGAAAAAGUUGUGUGAGGAGAAGGAAAAUUACAACAGAAGCCCUAUUCAGGAAGCAGUGUGCUUACCUAUUCAGCCAGAAUCUGAACAGGGUCCAGAAUCCAGUUCCGCCAUUAUUGAAAUUGUUAGUAAAACAGGGGGAGUGCAAGAAAUUAAACAAGCUCAGGAGGAAGAUGAAUCCCUGAAGCCUUUGUUUAAGCAAGCUGAAAGUUUACUAGAAUCAGCAGGAGAACUACCCAAUAAAUUUGUCACAAAAGAUGGUGUGUUUUACAGAGAAAGCAAAAGUGUGGAAUCAGAAGAAAGGUCAGAAAUACAUAGUCAGAGUUUCACUGAAAUUGAAAGGCAAGCGCAGGUGGCUGAGAAACUGAAGGAGCAACAGGCUGCGGAGUACAAGAAGCAAGCAGAUGAAGCCUUAGUGGCCUCCAUGAGACUGACGUAUCAAGAGCUACACGUUGAUCGGAAAAAGGAGGAGAAAAAACUUCAAAACCUGGAAGGGAAGAAGUGGGAACAGGCAGAGCGGCUGGGCAUGGGCUUGGUGUCCAGGAGCUCUAUUUCUCACUCUGUCCUCUCUGAGAUGCAAGUGAUAGAACAAGAAACGCCAGUGACUACAAAGUCCACACGGUCCCAGCUAGAUCUCUUUGAAGACAUCGGAAGCUUCACAUCUGGACCACCAAAGUACAAAGAUAAUCCUUUUUCAUUAGGCGAUGCCUUCAGCUCACAGUGGGAGACAGACAACUCCUCUUGGGAAAUGGACAAAGGGGAAGAGGAGGCAGACAUUGCCAUCUCCAGCAUCCGGCCUAUUGGUGACAGACCCAUUAACAGAAGAGAGACAGAGAGCAAGAUAUCAGUAGUGGAGUCCAAUGAAGCUCAGCAGAAGUUUGCAGGGGCCAAAGUCAUCUCAUCUGAUAUGUUCUUUGGACGGGAAGCUGAUACAGUUCCAGUGGCUGAAUAUUUGACCGAUCUUCAGUCAACAAUGAGAGUGGCAAGAGACAUCGCACAAGAACAUCUAGCUGUAGCCCAGCAGAGACAGAAGAGCUACUAUGACAGGUCAGCCAAACCAAGAAGCAAGCGGAGGUUAUUUUUCGAUGGAGAGAGUGGUAAAGACCCUGACGUGAUGGGGAUUGGUAGUUUUAACUAUCAGCAGUUUACUUUCAAGAUUCUACAAAAAUGUUUGGACAAUGUUUCGCAGGACUUCUUAAAUGACUCUUGGAAGUUUCGCAAAAAAACAUUUUGGGACAGAGAGAGUUCAUUGUGUUGCUGGGAAGGACGAGUGUAAUUAUCCCCAACAACAUGUUAACCUCUGGAAUGCUCCGCAGAAGGAAACAUCGAUGAACUGUGCCAGGUGGCAUGAAGAAGAUCCCUAUGAAAUGUACUGAGUAUCGGAAGAUGUUUAGUCCAGUGUAUAAAUAAAGACUUGGGGAAUAACCCUGAAUGAAAAUUAAACUGUUACAAAUAUGAUUUAUGGAAAAUGUAUUUUUAAAAUGUCUUUUGAUUUGAGGUUGUGAAUCUUAACAAUGGGAAAGAUGACCAAUACGUUUAUGGUUUGUAUGUUGAAUGGUGACAAUGCCAUGACUGUAUGGUAAGAUAUGGACAUGUUAUGUGUAUAUGCAACAGUGAAGGUUUGUAUUUUAUGAUUUAUGUAUUGUAUCUAACUUUGUGUUUUAUUUCAGGAAUACUGUUGUGUAUGUAUAUAUGUAUUUAUUAAUUAUUUUUGCCCAUUCUAGGCAUAGAAAAGGCAAAAAUAAUCUUUCUUAGGGGGAGGUGUAAGGAUGUUAUGAGUUAAUGGGAAUUAUUGAUAUGAUUUUAUUUGUUUAUUAAAAGGAAAAAGGGGAGUUAUGUAUUGAUGAAGACAGGUCUCACAUGGAAGCCAGCUGUGUUCAGCGGGUUGCCAUGGCAACGUAACCUCUCUCUGGAGGAAAAAGGGGGCGUGGCUAAGAUGACAGUUGGAGCAUAUUCCCUUUUAAAAGUUGAGUUGCUGUGAGGGUUUUAAAAAGGAGUGGCUGUUAGGGGUUUGAGAAGAAGAGUUGCGGUUAGGUUUUGGAAAGAUUAGGAGCUGGGGAAAUCAGCUAAGGACGGCAGCUUAUGGUCACUCAGGGGAAAGGCUGGGAAUAUAAGCUGACCAGGGGAGUUUAGUAUACUGUGUUGAAGAGAAGUUAUUUAAGAAAUAUCCAUUCAAGAAAGACUACAUUGUAACUUAAGAUCCGGAACGUUUACUGAUUGAAACCAUACGCUUAUGUACCAAAAAUAAACUUGAAUUUUGUUAUUGUUCAUAAAGAUAAGUCUCCUUGCCUCUCUGUAAGCCUGUUACCUCACGUUGGUGGCAGUUACCGUACCUAUCUAUAUAAGUUACCGUACUUUCCUAUAUAAGUUACCAUCUUUACUCAUUUAAACCCAAUCAGUUCCGUUAUCCUUCCUUAUCCACUAAAUCAUCCCUGUCAUACAUUCACACAUCCUCCAUCCCUCCCUCUCACACGUGCACAGCUCUCCUCAAUUGGUGGCAGCGGUGGGAUAAAAAAGGAUUCCAUCCCUGUCACCUCAGUCCUCUUCAAGUGGUGGCAGCGGUGGGAUAGAAAAGGAUUCCAUCCCUGUCACCUCAGUCCUCUUCACACCCCAUUAGAAUAUGUUUGGUUUUUCUCAUUACUUCAGCCAUCACUCCUACCUACCUACUGAUAUUUUAUCUUAUUCCUAACUGGCUGCUGCCCAAAAGGUCUUUUCCUGAUCUCUUUCACUGCUACUUCUUCCCCCCUCCCACCCUUCCCCAGGAUUAUUGAAUGAUCAGAGCCAGUGCAAGUAAGACAAGGAUCACAAGGUCAGAUGAGCAAAUCACUGGCUAUUCUACCUGAGCUGAAAUGUUCAUACUGCUAGCUAGAAGUAGACUUGUUCACAUUGCUAGCCAGCUUCAAACUGAAGAGAGUCAUCAUAAGAUAUCAAGCAGAAAGGGAUGGGAAUAUAGGAAUAAUAGCUGUGGCCAGAAGGCCUUUCCACCAGUCACACUGCUAUCUUGAGUGAUAGCAAAGAUCUGCAGGGAGAAGGGUGAGGUGAUAUGAAUAGGAAGGCCUAGUUUUCUGUACUGACACACAUCGAAGGACUCCAUCCUUCUGCUCAUGUGGGGUCACAUUUGUCAUCCCAAUGCAGAAUCACUACAGCUUCAUGCUUGGUGAUUAAGCAGAGCAUCCUGACAGAUUACAGAUACCCCAGCAAGGUGAUCAAGACCAUUCUGGCAUCCAGAAGGCCAUUGACCAACGCAAACGAUGGAAGCACUUUCAGAACAUUUUGGAGACUGCGCACAUGUAAGAACAUGGACCUCUUGAAGUUCUACAUAUCCAACCUGUUCAUUGUUCUGUAGGAAGGCAUAGUCCAAUGUCUGAAGCCCAACAUAGUGAAAACCGAUUGCUGCCAUCAUGUCACACAAAGCUCACCUUCACACACAGAUUCCUGAAAGAGCUCUCAUUACUCACCGUGCUCACACUGCACCAUUUUUUUUUAUCAUAGAUCCUCCAGUCAAUAGUUAUGCUUGCUAAAGACUAAAGGCAUGCUACUCUCAUUUGAGCCUCUCUGAGACACCUGCCCAGAAACUUCACCAUCAUAUCAGCAUGAAGGGUGUUAGAAUUGGCGCUCUAGAAACACAAGGCAUUAUCAGGCCCAGCUCUAUAGUGCUCUGUCUGGAUGUGACUAUCAUCCCAAAGUGACCUCGUGUUCCAUAGGGUGCAAAAAGUGAUUCUCCCAUCCUCCUGUCCAUGACUGAUCAAGAAAGAACCUGUUACAUCCUAGAUGUGCAUAGAGCAGCAGUUCUGAGUCUUGGGUGCCCCAUUUGUCUCCUUCUAGCCCAGGUAAAAGGGCAAGAAGGGGUUUGUCUCCACUCUCAGCAGGGGGAACAAGUAAUGC